UCUCCCUCUAUCCGCCCCGCCAUUAUCCGCCCAGACAUCCAUCACUCCGGGCCUAGCAACCAACGCACCAAAUCGGCGGGUUGCUGGCGCGGCAAACCUACCUUGUCCAGCUCUCCCUUGCUUUUCUCCCUCUUCGCUUUCUUCGCCGCGGCCUUCUUCGCCUUCUUGUUGGCCUCAAGCUUCUUCUUCGCUCUCUUGGCCUUCCCCUUCUUCUGCUGGUUCUCGACGUACGCAAUGCGCAUGGCUUUGCGCACCUUGCAUGUCGUGCAUGUGCAGGUGGGGAGCGGUAUGCUGCGGGCCGCGAAGAGGGAUGCGGUUGCGAGGGACGCGGUGUGUGUGCAGGUUUGGGUGUUGAGGGUCGCCAU